AAGACACCAAAGCAACAUAGAAGGCAAAGCAUAUGCCAUUAAAGAGAGGGAGCGCCUACAGAGAGAGAAAAAGGUCAUGCACCUCUUCUGAUAUAACAACAUACAUGAACCCUCUAGCUUUUAACCUACCCUCGUUUCGUAUCCGUUGAGAAUUCAUAGUGUUAUUAUCUAUUAAUAGCUAGGUCAUGAAAGCUGUGAAUUGAAGGGGACGUUUUUGGUGUUUGUUGUUUUCUUUCUCAGUUCUUUCAAUCUUGUUGUUGUCAUGGCUGUUCAAGCACAGUUGUAUCCAGAAAGACUUGGGCUUUUGCCUAUGGGUGGCCAACAGGAUUGCAUACUUAACGAUCAUGUUUCAGAGUUCGAUGCUGACUGGGGUUUUGCUUUUCAAGAGCCGCAACAACAAAAUCUCUUUCUUGAUCAAAAUAACUCUCAGAACUUUUGUUUUGAUUGUAAUAUUGGGGCUUCUUCUUCUUCUUCUUCUUCUUAUUCAACAACUUGUGAUAGUUCUUUCUCCAUGUUUCUUUCUCAAUGUUUGGAUGUUCAGCUUGACAUGCAAAGGCGAGAAGUUGAUUGCAUGCUUCAAUUACAGGCUGAGAGGCUAAGAUUUGCUUUGCAACAGCAAAGAAAGCAGCAGUUGGGAAUCAUACUGAAGAGUGUAGAAUCAAAGGUCUCCUCUUUGAUAAGGCAAAACGAAGAGGACUUGGCACAAGCAACAAAGAACACCAUGGAGCUUGAGGUCUGCCUGAGAAAAGUAGAGCAGGAGAGUGAACAAUGGAAGAGACUAGCAAGAGAAAAGGAAGCGGUGGUCGUUGAUUUAAGCAACACGCUUGAACGAAUCAGAGAACGACUGGUCACUAGCAGCAAUAAAGUCCAGGAUGCAGAGUCCUUUUGUUGUGGCUCAUGUGAUAUAGAACAAGUGGAAAGCCAAAAAAAGGUGGUUUGUAAAGGGUGCAAUUCUAGGACCUCGUGCGUUAUCUUUCUCCCUUGCAGGCACCUCUGCUCGUGCAAAUCUUGUGAAGCUUUUCUUGGCUCCUGCCCUGUCUGUAAAUCAGUAAAGGAAGCAAGCAUGGAAGUUUUCUGGGUCUAACAAGAAAGGCACAAAGGAGACAAUGGAAAAAGGAAUGACCAAAGGAAAUGCCAGCUCUUUUCAAGCCGUAACAAUGUCCGCUGCUUUAGCUGACAGAAAAAGAUUUCGAAAGCCAAGUUUGACACACAUCAAAACAGAAGAAUCGAACUGUCACCGCCACUAUUUACAUGCGUUUUUCUCUUUCUUCUUUGCUAAUUCCAAAAAAAUCAUCCAUUAAAGCAAAGGUAGCAGCAGCUAGCUAGAAAUUGACCACCCAUAUGCCGUACCAUAAAUGAAUCUGAUCUGCAGAACCUUAUGACUCACCAAGAAUUAAAUAAAGAAAAAUCUAGCCCUCAAACGGGCACCUUGAGAAACCAAGGGGAGUCUUCUUGGGCAUAUCGAGUUACCAACAAAACAACAGAACCUACGCCUAGCCCCUGUGAGCUAAAAAAAGUUGGCCCAGGACUGCAGAUGCGGACUUUGAUGUUGGUUAUAUGCAUCGUAGCUAGCCCCUGUGUGGGGUCCUACAAUGUUCCUCCUCCUACUAUGCAUAAGGAACCGUUUACGAGGGAGUGUAAUGACUGUUGUCGAGAUCUUGUGAAUCGGAAAUCGUGAUGGGACUGCAGUAUGCAUGAUUUGCUCUCUCACAUACGGGAAAGAAGAAGACAGGUUUGACGUGCACACAGCGGACCAAGGAUGGGAUGCUUUGGAGUUUUUGGACUCCUAAUUAUAGGGGUCCCAUUUGGCUUUUGACGGGAAUCAGAAGACUUGUAGGGGCUUGUCUCUUGCUUGAGGAGGUCAGUUGGCCAUAUCUGGUUCGGCUGGUGUAGGAUUCGCUGACUUUUCUGAUGUGGCGUACGUGUAGGCGAACCGUAUCUGGAAUUCGCCACGUAUAUUAUCAUUACCCAGCUUUUUAGGUUGGGGCUAGUAUAAGCCCACUUAGAUUCCCUUGUUCGGAACUUGUUUCUUCUAUGUGGGUACUAUAUGAACCACAAUA